GUGUUACAGUUCAGUACUGCGGUGUGUCCCUGCUGCCUCGUACCUUAUUCAACUCACAGGGGUGAGACUGGUAGAAAACUUCCUCCCUCCGCAACCUGCUACUUGCCAGCUGUUCCUGAACUACAUUUCCCAGCAGCACUGUGGCGUGGAGGAAUGCGGGGAUGUAAUGUAAUGUAAGCACCUUAUACCUGCUUCUAUGGGCUGCUGGUCUUGCAACUACAAUUCCCAGCAUGCUCUGUCCUCUGCUGAUUGGCCAGUUGUGAUACAGAGACUUUGUCCAGCCCUUGUGUAUUUGUACUUGUGGGGUACCUGGAAGGGAGACACCCCAUCAGCCACUCCCUGCCCAUAAUUCUUCCUUAUCAAUUGGCACAGGGCAUGUGUAUUUGUUGCCCAGCUUUUCAGGAGAUCCCUUUUUUUUGGCAGGGAGGUGGCAGAUAAAAUUACAACGGUCGUGUUUUAUAAUAUAUGACUUUAUAGCUUCCCUGUAAUUGAGAUUAUACACCGUUCACAUCAGUCCUUGCCCCAGUGGCGCUUAGUCUACGGGUGUCCGGUAGGGUUGCCACCUUUUCCUAUAUAUUUCUCUUUUUUUCCCUAUUAAUAACAUUGGGAUCAACCAUCAUUUUUACCGGCCAGGUGGCAACCCCAGUGCCAGGAGGAACCUACCUGUAUGCUUUUGGAAUGUGGGAGGAAAGCAAAGUGCACGGACUCCAGUAAAGCUGCCAUGAUGUUGCUUAGCCUUUAUCUGAAUAGGUGAAGAGUUCUGCAAGAAGAAAAAAAAAAUGGCGGAUAAAAGUGGCAAGCCGGGACUGGUGUACAUCGAGGUGGAAUAUGAUUAUGAAUAUGAAUACAAGAGCAAAAAGAUUGUCAUAAAACAAGGGGAAAAAUAUAUUCUGCUGAAAAAGUCAAAUGAAGACUGGUGGCAAGUAAAAAAGGAUGAAAACGCCAAACCUCUCUAUGUACCUGCGCAAUACGUUAAAGAAGUUGCAAGAAAAGCUUUGAUGCCCCCUGUCAAACCGCAGAACUUGCUGCCCAACAGCCCACUCAAAGUUGCCCAUCAUUCCACAGAGAACAGCAAUAAAUCUCCGGAACUUUCCAGCUUUGGAAAAACCUCAUCCUUCCGCGAUGCCAACCAGAACGUGGGACCCAGCAGUAGUCCUGGGCAGACUAGAGCACUGACUCUAGACCUUGUGCACAACAAUGGCAAGCUGAAAUGUGAUUCACAUUCACCUAAAGGCACUAGCCGGAGUCCGUCUGGCAAUCACUUUCCAGGCACAGAGUUGAUGGAAGUAGAAAAGACGAGCUUCUCCAACGAGCAUUCGGGGGAUUCUGCUGGUGAUAGUUCUGAGAGAAUUCUUCUAGAUUCUGAAUCUGGAGAUGAACUCAGCAGUAGCUCAACGGAACAACUACAGAUCUCGGUAUCACCGGCGCCGGCAAGAUCGGAUUCUCCCGUAUAUGCGAAUUUGCAAGAGCUGAAAAUCUCUCAGUCUGCGCUGCCCCCGCAGCCCGUCUCUUCUCCGGUGCAAGUUACAGGCGAGUGGGAGACUCAUAAAGAUAACAGCGGCCGUUACUAUUACUUCAAUAAAGCAACUCAAGAGAGAACAUGGAAGCCUCCGCGGGGAACAAAGGAAGCAGGCUCUGGCAAAUCCGAGUCCUUCAGCCAUGCUGACCAUGAGCUCUCAGCAGACGAUAUAUGCCACAGCACUUGUGACAACCAAUCAGAUAGUCAGUGUGGGUCUCCUCCGAGGGGCUGGUUGGAAGAACUGGAUCAGCACGGCCACACCACCUUUAUAAAUGACCAUACUAAUGAAAAGUGGAUAAAACACGUCGAUGAUCAAGGCAGACCAUAUUACUACAGUGCAGAUGGAGCGCGCUCAGCAUGGGAAUUGCCAAAGUAUAACGCCACAUUACAGCCCCAGAGGGAGAUCACUAAAAGCCGAAGUCUCGACAGAAAGUUCCAGGAACCCAUAGUCUUCUCCAAGUGGAGACACAGCACAAUUCUUCUGGACACAAACGACAAGUUGCAUCUCAAGCAGAAACGUAAUUCUUCUGACUUUGUCACACCUAACCUUGGUUAUUUGAUUGCAGCCUAUUCACAGAAAGAUUCAUCAGCUCCACCCAAACCGGACGAGACCUCUCCACCUUCUCCAAAGCAACAAUCAACAGAUCAAGAAAAGUAUGGUGUAUUACUUGUCACAAAAAUCACAGAGAAUGGGAAGAAAGUUAGGAAGAACUGGAUGUCCUCAUGGACUGUGUUAAAGGGCAGCAACUUAUUGUUACAAGCAAAUGCAGCUGGCUGGAAAUUUGGCAGUAAUCAGUCCAAACCAGAAUUUACAGUUGAUGUCAAAGGCGCAUCUGUUGAUUGGGCUUCAAAGGAUAAAUCCAGUAAAAAGAAUGUUAUAGAGCUCAAAACCACUUCCGGAACUGAAUUGUUGAUACAAUCGGACAGUGAUACGGUUAUUAAAGAUUGGUAUAUGGCAUUUUGCAGCACUGCUGGCAUUACACCUGGAGAUUCAGAGGAAGCGUGUGAAGAUAAUGUUCCAGAAUCCCCAGUAGAUAAACAUGGAAAAGAGAAAUUUGACAAAGAGAAGGACCAUGACAGAGAUUCUAAGAAAAGUCGAACAAUUAAGCCAACUAGCAGUAUUGAUAAUGCUGAGCAGAAGAAGACAAAAACCAAGCUGAAGAAGUUUCUUACACGCCGGCCAACGAUGCAAGCCGUACGUGAGAAGGGCUACAUUAAAGAUCCUGUGUUUGGCUCGUCUCUUACAAGCCUCUGCCAAAGAGAAAACACUACAGUACCAAAGUUUGUCAAGAUGUGCAUUGAUCACGUGGAAGCCCACGGGCUGGAUAUCGAUGGCUUGUACAGAGUCAGUGGAAACCUUGCUGUGAUACAGAAACUCCGAUUUGCUGUUACACAUGAUGAGACACUGGACUUGAAUGACAGCAAAUGGGAAGAUAUUCACGUCAUUACAGGAGCACUGAAGAUGUUCUUUAGAGAACUGCCUGAGCCGCUCUUCACCUUCAACUACUUUAAUGACUUUGUGAAUGCCAUUAAACAAGAGCCCAAGCUGCGCGUGCAAGCAGUCAAAGACUUGAUCAAACAGUUGCCAAAGCCAAACCACGACACUAUGCAGGCACUCUUCAAACAUCUCAAGAAGGUUGUUGAAACUGGAGAAAAAAACAGAAUGACCUAUCAGAGUUUAGCAAUAGUUUUUGGACCAACCCUGUUGAAACCCGAAACUGAGACUGGUAACAUCGCCAUCCACACGGUGUACCAGAAUCAGAUAGUGGAACUUAUUCUACUGGAAUGCAACUCUAUCUUUGGCCGCUGAGUCUAACGUCUCCACAACAAGCUGGAAGCAACCACUGAUGGCCAUCUCCUUGGGAAGGAUCCCGCUGUGCCGUUUCAUUUCUCGCAUCUCUGAAUUUUAUUUUGUGGACCAAUGAGCUAUUGGAAACGUUAUUUUUUUUUUUGUCUCCUGCACUUUUUUUUUUUUAAGAUGGUGACCUUGUCUCAUUUGUACAAAUUUUUUUUUUUAACCUAUUGCCAGGUUGUUGUAUUUGGACAUUUUUUAUUGUGUGUGUGUGUGUGCGCACAUGAUAAUUCCCUAGCAGGACUGCAAACCUAAUGUAGACACUGGAUUUACUGGAAACAAAAUAAAGCUACUAAUUUCAUUCUGUACAAACGGACUUCUACUCACUCCUGCUGUGCCGUUGGCAGCCGAGCUUGGUUCGCUGUGUGAUAAUGUAUGAUGUUUGUUUAAUCGAUUGUUUCAUUUGUGUCUCUCUCUAAACAAACGCCUCAUGCAGUAAAAUCCAUCUGACGGUUAUACUUUGUUGGUUGAUUUAAUGAUUACUCUCUUGGUCAACUUGCUUUGGCCAAGACCACAUGGGUGACCAGGUCAUCCAGCAUCGUAUCCAGCUCUGUCUAGGAGCUGCUGUGCAUUGAAUAGAAACUAGGGCAGGGAGCCUCGUGAAGAAGGCUCAUAGCUUUGACUGUACCACUGAGUAAAGCAAUAGAGUCAUCCCUCAUCUGGAUAAUGUCCAGCAACAAUGGACAUUGGCUCUUCAGCCAUUGAGAAUGGCAUUUCAUCCAAUGUCCAGAGAGAGUCUUGGACAACACUUGUCUGCCCCCAUCUGUAGGGCAACCAAGUAGGGACUCAGGAAGGACGCCUAGCGAUUGACCACUAAAUCUAGCAGUAGUGUCAUCCCUCAUCGGGAUGAUGUCCAGCAACAAUGGACAUUGACUUCAGCCAUUGAGAAUGGCACUUUCUUCAAUGUCCAGAGAGUGUCGUGAACGAUACUUGUCUACCCCCAUCUGUAGGGCAACCAAGUAGGGUCUGAGGAAGGACUCCUAGCCAUUGACCACUAAAUCUAGCAGUAGAGUCAUCCCUCAUCUGGAUUAUGUCCAGCAACAAUGAACAUUGGCAGUUCAGCAUUCCCUUGAUUGUCACUUGGACAAUGGCACUUCCAAUAUCCCCAGAAGAGGGUCUUGGAUGUCGCUUCUCUGACCGCAGCUGUAGGGCAACCCACCAAUGGACAUUGACUUCAGCCAUUGAGCAUUUUCUUCAAAGUCCAGAGAGUGUCUUGAAUGAUACUUGUCUACCCCCAUCUGUAGGGCAACCAAGUAGGGUCUGAGGAAGGACUCCUAGCCAUUGACCACUGAAUAUAGCAGUAGAGUUAUCCCUCAUCUUUAUGAUGUCCAGCAACAAUGGACAUUGACGUCAGCCAUUGAGAAUAGCACUUCCUCCAAUGUCCAGCGAGCGUCUUAGAUGACACUUGUCUGCCCCCAUCUGUAGGGAAACCAAGUAGGGACUCAGGAAGGACUCCUAGCCAUUGACCACUGAAUAUAGCAGUAGAGUCAUCCCUCAUCUGGAUGAUGUCCAGCAACAAUGGACAUUGACUUCAGCCAUUGAGAAUGGCAGUUUCUUCAAUGUCCAGAAAGUGUCGUGAACGAUACUUGUCUACCCCCAUCUGUAGGGCAACCAAGUAGUGACUCAGGAAAGACUCCUAGCCAUUGACCACUAAAUCUAGCAUUAGAGUCAUCCCUCAUCUGGAUGAUGUCCAGCAACAAUGGACAUUGGCAGUUCAGCAUUCCCUUGAGUGUCACUUGGACAAUGGCACUUCCAAUAUCCCCCAGUAGAGGGUCUUGGAUGUUGCUUCUCUGACCGCAGCUGUAGGCCAACCCAGUAGGGUCCGUUUAGAAGAUGUUCAAACUAAACUGAGCAGUAGAACUUAAUUAUUCAGUCUGCAACUAUCAAGUUCCUGGGCUUUAAAUGAAAUGUACCCGAUUGAAACAUACUGUACUGUCAUCGAUCUGAUCAGUCUGUUGUAUUAAACCCUUUCCCUCCACCCCCAAAUGUAAAUAGAAGCCAAAGGUGCAAUUAAAAUCUUGGCUCAUUGUACAUAAUGGCCGGCUGUCCGGGUCUCAUUGAUUGUCAUUGUACAGCUACUGAGUACUUGGGGUGCAAAAGGCUCUUCCAAAAGGCUUCUUUGAUUUCACAGCAGAAUAAGCGACCCCUUUUAUUGGCUUAUUUAGUAGAUUACAAACUGCAAGCUUUUGGGGCUGUUUAGGUCUAUUCCUCAGGUAUGUGAAAGGCAUGAGUCCUAAGCAGACCCAAAAGCUUGCAUUUUGUAAGCCAAUAAUAGCGGGUGACUUACACACUCUGCUACUUUUUGAUUUGUCCUCAGACUGAACUCUGCAUGAGAGAACUAACUGGAUGCACUUUUAGGAUUUAAAUAUUUUAUGUGCAGGUAAAGACAUUAUAAAUCGGCAAAAAAAACAGGUACAGGAAAUAUUUAAUCGGCGUGGAAACCCCCAAGCCGAAUGGGGUAUUUAAUAUGUACAGUGUAUUUUAAGGGGGUGGUAGAUGUACAUGACUUUUUUUUUUUUUUAUAUAUAGAAAGGGUCCCCACGUGUCGAUUGGAUAUAUUCACUUUACAGAACAAACAAAUGAAAUUGAAAAAUUUGGAGUAUUAUUACUUUCUACAUUACGAAUGUAAAAAAAAAAUGUACAAUAAAGUGAAUUUGGAAGAUUUUGUUACAGGUAACAGUCCGGAGAUUUUUUUUUUUGUAUGUAUUUUUGUAGACUAACUGCUGUAUGUUGUAUUUUACUGUUCUCAAUAAACGCAUACAUGACCCGGGA